CGCGCACGCGCACACGCAUUGGCUACACGCGCUCUAGACAAAUCCGUACUCGAGUGACGUGGGGACGUGUGCGGUGUGAAUAUCUCAUAUACUGUCUGCCUUGAGAGAGAUUCAGAUUUGUAACUUGUUUUUUUUUUUUUUUUUAUCAUUAUUAUUUUUAUAAUUUGACGACAUUUCUAAACGCUUUUUUUUUUUUUUUUUGAUACGCGCAAAUCCCUACGUUAUGUUCUUUUCUAACUCGUUUACAGUCCAUUUCUCUUGAUAUGCAAUUAUCUCUUCUAGUCUUCCGCUUUGGGAGUGCGACGGUCUUCAAACACGAGACAAAACUAAACUGGUUUUUUUUUUUUUUUUUUAUCAGCAAUGACCAGAACUGACACAAAGUAAGACUAUAUACACACGGAGGCAUUAACACAAGCUUCUCCAUUGUGGUCGACCUGCGAGCGUAGCAGCAGAGAAACAGGGGGAGUAAACGAGUACAGGAAGGAGAAAAGGAGUGUGCGAGGACAGUCGAUGGAUGCUGCCCGGAUUGAAGGGACAGCACAUUCUCAUCUGACGAGGAAAAGAAAGAUUUCAAAAUUGAGUCGAAGGACAGAAACUCGCCGUCAGGCAUGGUGUGUGAGAAGGGCAUUCAGAUCCUUCUCACCAUCGUGGGUGCUUUCGCAUCCUUCGGCCUGAUGACGGUGGCUAUCGGCACUGAUUAUUGGCUGUACUCUCGGGCGCUCAUCUGCAACAGCACCGCCAACAACUCACAAGAGGAUCCGCAUAAUAAGGAGAAGAAGGACCCCGGGGCCUUGACACACUCUGGCCUGUGGAGGAUCUGUUGUCUGGAGGGGGUGAAGCGUGGUGUGUGCUCCCAGAUCAACCACUUCCCAGAGGAUGCUGACUUUGAUCAUGAUGGAGCGGAAUACGUCCUGCGAGUGGUCCGGGCCUCCAACAUCUUUCCCAUUCUUAGUGCCAUCCUGCUGCUAAUGGGAGGAGUCUGUAUCGCAGCCAGCCGUUUCUACAAGAGCAAAAGGAACAUCGUGCUGGGGGCUGGCAUUCUGUUUGUAGCGGCAGGCCUGAGUAACAUCAUUGGUGUGAUAGUGUACAUUUCUGCCGCUCUGGGUGACAUUUCCCCAAAGAAGGACGAGGACAAGAAAUGGCAGUACUCCUACGGCUGGUCCUUCUACUUUGGAGGGCUGUCCUUCAUCCUGGCUGAGAUGGUGGGCGUGCUGGCGGUAAACAUCUACAUCGAGAAGAACAAGGAGCUCCGCUGUCGCUCUCGCACUGAUAUCUUUAAAAGCACCACUCACGCCAUGCUACGGCUCCCGAGCUACCGUUUCCGCCGCAGAUCGCGUUCCAGCUCUCGAUCCACCGACCCCUCGCGCUCACGAGACCCGUCUCCCGUGGGUGGCCCACCAGGGGGUAAGAACUUCGGAAUGCCCCCAUCUGCUUUACUCUCCCAGGGGCCCAUCUCUGUAUCCACUCUUCCUAACCCUCACUCCCGCUCCGCUCUGCCAGGGGGCGAUAUUUCCCUUUACACCCUCUCCCGAGACCCCAAACUGGGUGGUUUAGGAGGGCUGGGAGCCCCUCCGCUAUACAGCACGGUGGACCGUGCCACACUAUACCAGCUGCACAACUGCUUCCCUAAAGAGAGCGGAGGGGGCGGAGGAGGCAUUAUGAUGACUGGGACGCUGCCCUCGCUCAAAUCCCACAAUCCCUCAGCUGUCCAGAAUUCUUCCAACUCCAACGCGCCGCUCAGCAACACCAUCCCAUCCUCCCAGCCUCCACCUUUCGCCGCCUCUACGGUGGAGCGGGAACGAGGGAUGGGAACGCUGGAUAGGCUCGGAAAAGGUGACAGAGAGAGUAACUCCAACACGCUAAAUAGGAAAACUACACCAGUGUAGACAGAUAAGAGGGUCAGCGUAGAUAAUGUAGAUGGAAAGACUGGAAACACUCACAGCAUUGACAAAAUGUUUCACUUUAUGAAAAAAUAAAGAGUAAAAGAAUUACAAACAUCUCAUGAUAACAACAACACUCACAUGUUUUUCAAGUACUGUUUUAUAACGUGUAAUCUUCAUGAAACUAUAAUCAUGGGAUACUGUGAUAUUAUUUAGCUUGAUUUUAGAUGUGGAAUUUCAAGAAGGUGAAGUGUUGUUGUUAUUGCGACUAAGUUUGAUCUGCUGGCUCUCAACAUGUUGAAUGGUUCUAGUUUUUAAAAGAUGGUUCUAGUGCUUUUCAAAGAUUUUGACUAAGUUCAAAACGUGAUACUGAGCACUGCAGAAACAUGAGUGUAUUCAAUAUGUGAGAAUGAGAUUAUUACUACAACUAACUUUGUGAGAAGCAUUUUAUUUAUUUUAAAGAAAGUUUUAUUUUCUACCCUUUGAUAACAUGCAAUUUAGUGUGUAAUAUCUGUAUAUCUGUCUUCCAGCUCAGUAGAGAGAUCAGCACCAUAAUUGAUGGACUGAAAUGACAGAGUUAAAAUGAAAAAAGAUUUUUAUAAAAACCUACCAUCAUAUUAUUUUUGUUAAAAUCACUGUUAGCAGUAGAAGUAGCACUUAUUGAAUUGAAAAUCUUUGUUUUGGGGCAUUAAAACAUUCCCUCACGUGGUAAAAGAGGGACAGAUGAUAUAUUUGUAUAUAUCCCAGAAGAGGGACUUCUAUCCAAAACUGUGCUUUUCAAAUCUGAGCGAGGAUAAAAAAAAAAAAAAAAAAAAAAACUACAUUUUGAAAAGAAAAUGUAUAUUAUACACAAUUGUAUUUGAAAAAGAAAAAAAAAAGACAGAGAUACUUUAAAAGUCUAGAGUACAGAUCAAGGUCUUCGUGUAUUAAAAAGGGCAGAAUGGGUGGGUGGGGCUUUUUUUGAAUAUGUAUGAGGACACUGUCUUCCUUGAGCUCUGAUUGGCCUAAACUCAUAUGUUGAGGCAUGCCCUGUGUCAUUUGUGUUUUCCCUUCACUGUGUCAUGUGAUCAUGACAGCAUCCCAAAGGCAAAGCUCCCCUCCCAAAAAAUAAAAAAAAACAAAACAAAAAAACAAAUGCUCACUGUGCUGCACCUGACUCCCUUUGAACCGUCUGCUUCUCUAAAUGAGAGAUUAUAUACUAUAUGUGGACAUUCUGCUAACCUUUAACCUUUAUUCCAUGAUCCCAGCCAACAAGAGGUCAACAAAGGACAUUAUAUAAUAGAGUGCAAAUGGGCAUCAAAUCACAAUCUCCUGCGACUGGGGGUCUUUUUUUAAUUCAUAAAAAAAUGUGAAAAUCUCUACAAAGACAGCAUUCAUGUGGUCAGUUAUAACUAUUAUGUAGAUGAGAAUAGAUAUAUCUAGAGAAAAUAUGGUUUAUCUUAAUGUGUGAUAAACUAACACUGUAUUGCACGAAUUUUAUAUAUAAAAGAAACAACAGACAAUCUACGAGUGAUGUCAUUUGUGUGUUUUUAACAUCUUAUAUCCAUAGAAGAUAACUAAGAUGAUCUUUUAUGGAAGUGCGUUUCCAUCUCAAAGUAAAAAAUACAAACAGCUAAUAGAGAGAUUAAUGUUUAAAAUACAGAACGUCAUAUUAUAAGAUACAAGGUCACAAAAAGUUGCAAUAGUGACCGUCAUAAAUAAAUUCACAAUUCAGUGAAAUAAAGUCACCAUUAUCUUGUUUUUUGUUUUUUACUCAGGAUAAAAUGCACUUCCAUUAACUUAUAGAGUGGUUCUUAACCAGGGGGCCUCAGCAAACUUUCGAGGAGGACACAAGAUGACUUAAAAUUAUUUAAAUAAGACAAAAUUUGAAUUAAAAUAAGACAAACCAAUCAAGAUAUUUCUUAUUUUAAUUCACCCCCUCAACAACUGUUUAUUCAGCUGGAAAGGUAACAGGGCCUUUGAAUAUUGGUUUAAACAACAGGGGGCCUUGGAGAAUUUAAGAACCAUUGAUCUGAUGAUAACCUUAAAAAAAUAAUAAUGAUAAAAAAGAAAAGUCUUAACACCUAUCUUCAUUUUAACAGUACCUUAAGAUGUAAUCUAGAUAUUUUGCAUAAUCAUAUUUUAACUUUUUUUUUUUUUUUUACGUUUCUGUAAUAUGAUAGACAAUUAUUGACCUCAUUUUUUCCUAAUUUCCAGAUGGGCGGGCCAUAACUUUCUCACUAUUGGAGGACUGUGUAGUAAGGGUUUUACUGUACCCACCCACAAACAUGCACUCAUUUCAGUCCCGACCAACAAUUAAUAAACCUGUGCCAGCA